CAUACAAUAAAAUGUCAAAUUGUUUGACAAUUAAAAAAGUCAGGUUAAGACUAACCCUUUAUUUUUAUUUCGUAAUUGUUCAGGUUUUUUUAAUUUAAUCUAUGUAUAAAAUGUGUUAAAAAUGGAUGAUAACUUAGACGACUACGACUUUACCCCUUCGUCUAGUUCAAAUUUGGCUUCAUUAUUUGGCAAUAAUUCACCACAUUCCGAAACCGCUAGCCUCAUAUACACUGCCCCCAAACAACCAAAGGCUGGAGGUAGUUCCGAAGUAAAAAACGAGGCCCCAAAGGCAGAAAGCAGUGUUGUUUGUGCAAAAGUCGUCCAAGUUUGGAAAUUAGUUGAGGGUAAAUACCAAGCGUUGGGCAAAUAUGGCCUUGCUGUUAUUGGAUCAACAGUUCAAAAUUCCUAUGAAAUUAUUUUGUAUAAAGAAAAGCGUAAUGUGAUAAUGAGGGCUAAAGUAUCGUCUAGUUUUGAAGUGAACUUAAAGAAGGACGAUUUUGCUUCGUUUUACGACAAUAUUCAAGAGAACUGGUUGAUCAAAUUUAACAAUAAUGAUGACCGUAUGGCUGUUAUGAACGUUAUUGAAAAGUUCGGGUGUGUUGUAAAUCGUGUAGUUGAAAAACAAGACCUCAAAACUGAAAAAACUGAUGAAGUUGUAACGCCGGAAAAUAAAGCUAAGGCUGAUAUAUUGUCAAGAAUUGCCAAAAUGGGGCAGUCUAUUUUACCGAAUAAAGACUUAGAUACAGAUAAUGAUUCUGUUGAAAGUGCAGACAGUACAGUAUCCACCCACCAAGUCAGCUCAACAUCAGCUGUUAUCAAGACUUCACAUCAAAUUCAAAACGUUCCAAAUAAUUUUGUUAUGAGUCAACCGAUGGUUUACGACCCUUUAAAUUUGUUGUUUGCUGAAAACCGUGCACAAAAUAGUGAAGUCAGGUUAAAUUUAUCGCAAAUUUCGGACAAAUUAAAUCAGAUUAUUAGUUUGGUUGACUCAGAUAAGCCCAGUGACAACUCAAAUAGCUUGAAAAGUAGACUCAAAGUGUUGGAGUUGCGUAAUGAAAACUUGUUGAGGGAAUUGGGAUCAAGUCAGGAAGAAAACGCAAAACUCAAAUUACAAUUGAAGGAACACGAAAGUAAUUUGAAGAGUGAGGAAGAGAAUAAACUGGAAUUGAGGCUUUUGGAGGAACAAGAAACCGUCAAACGAGAGAAAUUGGAAAAAGAAAUUUGUGCACACAAGGACGAAAUCGCUGCCCUUUCUAAAACCGUGGAGAAACAAAUAGAAGAAAUUGAGGCUUGCAAGCAGUCAGAAUUAGCUCAGAAAGUUGAAAUUUCACGCCUCGAAAAUACCAUUUCUGAUUUGAACACAAAAUUGCAAGGUUAUGAGAAUAAGGAAGCAAGACCAGAAAUUUGUGAGGAAAAAAAUGCGAAAUUUAUUGCGUCACUCAAGGAUGCGAUGAAUAAUAUGUACGCAAAUAUUAUGUCAAGUUGCAGCGAAGAUCAGCAAACCGAAAUCGGCAAAAUUGUUGCCCAAAACAUCAAAACCACGACACUACAAAUAAUUCAAAAUUUCCAACAAGAGUAUGAAAGUUAGACUGAGGGAAAAUAAUCAUUUCCAAUUAUUUGUGAUACGUAUUAUAUUCGUUAAAAAAUACUACAAAAUAAACAAUUCAAAUGCA